AUGGAGCCUACCGCUGGCUUGCUUCAUUCUGCAGAAGUCAGUGAUCUCACCAUCCGCGCUGUUGCUGCAAACAAGCGAUUCGUCGCAACUUGCGCAGAAGAGAACUCAGUACGCCUGUAUGAUUGGAAGGGGACACUUUUGCACACCUUUCAGACAGCUCAGAAGACUCGCAACGUGGCCCUAUCAGAGAAGCAUUUGGCAACGGGCGAGAAAAAUGGACAAGGCGAGCUUUUUGACUUGAGCAAGCGGAAUCAUGUGUCCAUGUUCCAGUUCGCCGGCAAAGUUAGCAUCACCAUGUACAACGUGGCACUGACUGCAGAGCAUGUUCUUCUUUCGUCCUGCCGUGGAUAUGGCAUCAAAGUGAAUCCUGAGGACCGAAGGCUGCAUGUUGCAAAUCUAUACACUCUGGAUGGGACGCUGCGACAUUCCCUCGACCACGGAUCAAUGCUUGGUCGCAUGGGCAUCUGUCUGAACGCGUCGAAUGCAGCGACCUCUGGCGAAGACAAAGUCGUGAAGGUGUGGGAUCUUUCCGGUCAGCUCUUACAUACGAUUCCAGCAGACAAGGAGCGCAGUCCCGGGGUCUGCUUCCUCGGCGGCCAGCUGCUCGUGUCAGGAAUCUCGAAUGUUUCCAUCUACGACUCGCAGACAUGCAAGCUGGAGCGCCAGCUGGAGCUUCCUCAGCUUCCUCUGGCUGAACGAGGCAACUUCCGGGCUACUCCGCAGACCUACCCCCGCCUUAUAUCUGGAGGAAAUUACGUGGUGUCAGCAAGCGAAGACCGACGUGCCAGCAUAUGGACGUUCUCUGACGGAAGACUUCUUUGUACCCUCUCAGACGAAAGACGCAUUUUUGGCGACUUCUAUGCGGCUGUUUGCGACGAACGCCUGGUAUUGAUUGGCGGGAAGUGCCUGAAGAUUUAUGACCUUACAGUGCAUGCCGGCUACAAGCGAACGCGAUCGGAGGGCCUUGGUGUCUCACUUCGCUUUAUCAUCGAGCCGGACCAAUUUGCCCUCACUGCACAGGAGGCAACCGGAAAGGAGAACCCCAACUUCCACGAACUUGCGCCUGUGAUCGCUUAUGGUCCGAACGCUUUGGGCUCUGGUUCCAUCUGUCCUCGCGAUGGUCGCCCAGGGUGUGCCCUUGUGGAUGUGAUACCUUCGGGGCCCGCAACUCACUUUCUGUCUUGGGCUUGGUCCUACCGAAUGAAGACAGUAGUCCUGGCACUGCGGCAUUGGAGUCAGGACAGUAGCAACAGCAUCAAGCCCGACCAGACGUUCAUUUGGAUUUGCUUCUUCUGCAACAAUCAAGAGCGGAUUCUCAACGAGAAGUCCCAGGAGGGCUCGGAUGAUCUAGAGACAACCUUCCAAUCACGGUUGCGAUCAAUCGGGCAUGUGCUGGUGCUUUUCGACGACUGGAGCAAGCCAGCCUACUUGACACGCGUGUGGUGCAUCUUCGAAACAUUUGUCGCUGUGAGAUCCGACAUUUGCUACACGUUGAUCUUCCCUCCGGAGUCUGCUGAGAGCAUGCACGGGGCUUUGCAGCGUGGGAUGCAUCUGGAAGUCACCAAAGAUUGGAGCAGCAUAGAUGUGGCGCAUGCCACUGCUAGCCGCCCUGUGGAUGAGGAGAAGGUGAAGGGCAUCAUCUCACGAACCUCCUCCUUUGAUGAGGUGAACUCUGUUGUCAAAGAUCAUCUGAUAAAUUGGUUCAAGAAGCAGUUUCAGGCCGUCUUUGAGCGCGGUGUGCGAGAAGGGCCCGAGUUGUCGCAGCGCAGCUGCGAAGCUUGCGCUUUGAAGGAUGCAGAGAUUGCACAUCUGAAGCAGGUGCUGGAGGAACGCGAUGCCGAAAUUCUACGGCUAACGGCAUUACUGCCAGCUGGCAGUGCGGUCAAGGCAGCCAAGUCUGACCUCCUGGACGUCAUCAGCAAUGGCGAGGUGGCGGCCACGUGA